GGCUGUCGCAGUCUUUCAGGGAGGAGCUGGAGAGCCUCAUCCAGGAGCAGAUGAAGAAGGGCAACAACUCCUCCCACGUCUGGGCCCUGCGGCAGAUCGCAGACUUCAUGGCCACCACCUCCCCUGCUGCCCUCCCCACCUCCCCCAUGGGGCUGGCAGCCGUGACCCCAAUCAACGACCUGCACGGGGCGGAGGCGCCGGCGCUGGCCAAGGGCGAGCGGCUGCUGAGGUGCAAGGCUGGCAGCAUCCAUCGCCUGCUGGACCUCUACGGCUGGGCACAGCUCGGGCACGGCGCAGUCACCCUGAGGGUCAGCAAGGAGCAGGAGCACUUCCUGGUAGCCCCCCAGGGGCUGGCAUGCAGCGAGGUGACAGCCGCCAGCCUGAUCAAGGUGAACGUGCUGGGGGCCGUGGUGGAGCAGGGCAGCACCAACUUCGCGCCCGAUGCCCGCAGCUUCAGCCUGCACGCUGCCAUCUACGCUGCCCGCCCCGACGCCCGCUGCAUCAUCCGCCUGCACACGCCGGCCACUGCCGCCGUGUCGGCCAUGCGCUGCGGGGUGCUGCCCAUCUCCCGAGCCGCCCUGCUGCUGGGCGACGUCGCCUACUUCGAUUUCCGCGGGGAGGUGGAGGACGAAGCCGAUCGGGUGGAGCUCCAGAAGUCCCUCGGCCCCACCUGUAAGAUCCUGGUGCUGCGCAACCACGGGGUGCUGGCACUGGGGGACACUGCCGAGGAGGCCUUCUACAACAUCUUCCACCUGCAGGCGGCCUGCGAGAUCCAGGUGUCGGCGCUGGCGAGCGCGGGGGGCGCCGAGAACCUGAUCGUGCUGGAGCGCAGCAAGCAGCGCCCCCACCAGGUGGGCUCCGUGCGCUGGGCGGGAAGCACCUUCGGGGCCAUGCAGAAGAGCCGCCUGGGGGAGCACGAGUUCGAGGCCCUGAUGAGGAUGUUGGACAACCUGGGGUACCGCACAGGCUACACCUACCGCUACCCCCUGGUGCAAGAGCGCAGCAAGCCCAAGAGCGACGUCCUGAUCCCGGCCACCGUCACUGCCUUCGUCUUCGAGGAGGAGGCUGCGGCCCUGCCCCCGCUCCGCCAGCACGCCCACCGGCAGCAGAAGGAGAAGACUCGCUGGCUCAACACCCCCAACACCUACCUGAGGGUCAGCCUGGCCGAGGAGCAGCAGGGCACCGCCAGCAGCCAGAAGACAAAGACGACGUGGCUGAAAGCAGACGAGGUGGAAAAAGGCAGCAGUGGGACCCCCAUCCGAAUUGAGAACCCUAAUCAGUUUGUGCCCCUCUACACAGACCCACAGGAGGUGCUGGAGAUGAGGAACAAGAUCCGGGAGCAGAACCGGCAGGAUGUGAAGUCGGCAGGGCCCCAGUCGCAGCUGCUGGCCAGCGUCAUCGCCGAGACCAGCCGCAGCCCUGUAUCCAAAGAGGCACCCGGGGAGGAGGCACCUCCGGAGCCGGAGCCUCCCAACCCCUUCAGCCAGCUCACGGACCAGGAGCUGGAGGAGUACAAGCAGGAGGUGGAGAGGAAAAAGCUGGGGCUGCAGGGCGAGAAGGAGCUGACGGCAGAGGAGAGCCAGGCGCCUCCUGGCAAAUCCCCCCCCACCUCCCCGCAAAAGACCCCGGCCCCGACGCCCGGCAAGCCCUCGGAGGGUGACAAGAAGGUGGACAGCGGCCAAGUGCCAGCCGACUCUGCCGCCGAGAAGGAGCCAGCAGCAGUGGUGAACGGGAAGGACGAGGAGCAGAGCACCGAGGGCAGCGUGGGCAAGGGGGGAGGCCGGACCACCUCCCCCGCUGAGCAGGAUGCCCCCAAGGAGAAGGAGACGGUGACCAGCAGCCCUGUCUCCCCCGAAGGGUCACCCUCUAAAUCACCCUCCAAGAAGAAGAAGAAAUUCCGGACCCCAUCCUUCCUGAAAAAAGGCAAAAAGAAGGAGAAGAUCGAAUCCUGAGCCUCCUGCGGAGCCGCUCCCCUCAGCGGCGCCGGGAGCCUCU